GUAGCGGUUGGGCUGACGUCAUUGCGCCGCGUCCUUCUCCGUGGUUUCCGGCGCUCGUGCGCGCGGAGCGGGCGGGCGCUCUCCGCAUCCCUUCCUGCCGCUGUGGGGCCUGUGAUCUCCGGCUAGAGGCUGACAGAACGACGCCGGCGAUGGCAGCGGGGCGCCUGGAGGCGGCCGCAUCGCGGGUGGCUGUGCUGGAGGAAGAGCUGCGGUGCCUGGCGGAGGAGCUGAGCCGCUGUCAGGCUGAUAAAGAAUUUGUGUGGUCUCUUUGGAAACGUCUCCAAGUGUCAAAUCCAGACCUUACGCAAGCUAUCAGUUUAGCUGUGGAAAGAGAAAAGCAGAAAGCUGAAGUCAAGGACAGAAAGAUAUUAGAAAUUUUGCAAGUUAAAGACAGCGAAAUAGAAACCCUAGAACAGAGACUCUCAGGCCAGCAGCAAGAGAUAAAUAACUUAAUUCAGAGAAAAACUGCUGUGGAUGAAGAAAAUGCCUGUUUGAAGAAUGAAUUCAGUAAUUUGAAGCAGAAAUUUAAAGAUAAAAGCCAAGAACUUAAGGACACUGAGGAGUGUGCACAGAAGAAAGAAGAGCAAAACAGACUGGUUAUAAAAAGCCUGGAGGAGGAAAAUAAGGGAUUAAAUGCUUGCUGUGCUGACCUGCUAAAUGACCUGGAGAAACUGAGGAAGCAGGAGGUGCAAUGGAAAGCAGAAAAAUCUGGCAGUGAUGCCAGAAUAAAGACGUUGGAAACCAAUUUAACAGAUGCAAGAGAGCAACUGAAAGAGUUAAGCAGUAAAUGCAGUAACUUGUCAUCUCAGCUAGCUGUGAACCAGAAAGAACUCACCCAAAAAGAAUGUGAUAUGAACAGGAUUAAGAAGGAGUUACAGGAGCUGCAGAAUCUUUACAAACAAAACAUUGCACAUAUGGUACAGCAGGCUCAACUGAUACAGCAGCUUCAGACUCUUAAUACUGACACACAAAAAGUGCUGAAGGAACAGGAAGAUGUGCACACAACUGAAGCAAUAUCAUAUCAAAAACUUUAUAAUGAAUUGACUUUGUGUUUUGAAACUUUAAAAACAAAUGAAAUUCAGCUGCAACAAAGGUAUGCCUCUCUUCAGGAUCAGUUACUUGGAAAAGAUCAGAAGAUUUGUCAGUUACAGGAACAGCUUCAGCAGGCUCACGAUGCUUUGAAUAUGUUACAUCAGAAUUCUUCUCAUGACUUACAGGAAUUUCAGCAGCCUUCUUUAGGGGAGCUGGAGUGUCUUAUCGGCAUGCAAAAAUCUGAAAUUGAGCUUUUAAAGGAAAAAUUGAAAAAAGUGAGUCUUAACCUUGUGGAACAUAAUUUAUACGCUACAGAUACUCUGAAAACCUGCAAUGUAAGGACUGGAAGAAGGCAUGAGGAACCACCUGUGAAACGUUCAAGGUCUCUGUCCCCAAAGAGCUCUUUCAGAAAGUCAGAGGAGACUCAAGAAACUGAUGAGCUAAGAGCAGCCCAUGAAAAACGCAAAGAAAGGCUGCAGAUGUUACAGACCAACUACAGAGCACUAAAAGAGCAAUUAAAGCAGUGGGAAGAGGAUGAUAGCAGGACUGUAAGCAGUAAAGGCAGAUACCAGCGUGCAGAUGCCUGCCAGCUUUGCCAGGAGGAUUUUGCUGCUAUGUGGAAUGAACUGGCUUUUUUCAAAAUGGAACACGAAAAACUAUUGAUUGAAAAACUGAGUCUUGAAGAGGAAUUAGAUCAGAUGAAAGUACACCAGUCUGUGGGGUUACUUUUUAAGCUUAGUGAAGAUGAUGGGAACAAGAACAGUACUCCAAAGAAGAAUGUGGAAGCCAGUUCAGAUCAGAGGCUACAGAAGGUAGAACAACUAGAAAGAAGAUGUAGAACUAUUGAAAGGGCAAUAAGGAAACAGAAAGAAGUAAACAAGGACUUGCUGAAGGAGAAAAAUGAUUUGAAAGCAUCUUUAAAAUUGGAAAAGGAAGAUGCAGACACAAGAGAAAGAGAGCUGGAAAAACUACUUAAGAGGAUUCGUGAAAUAAAAAAAGACAAUGCAGAACUUCAGAUAGUGAUUGGUGAUCGGGAAAAAGAAGCUGCUUCCUUGAAGAGGCAAGUGGCAGAAGCUAACAGGUUGAGAAAUGAAAAUGAAGAUUUGCUGAGUCAAGUGGAGGAGCUGACGUGUUUGCUGGGUGAAGCCAAAGCAGCGGCAACCUCUGGGCAAUGUAAUUGCAAGAUAACAGGCACCAAGGUUAAAUUAAAAGCAGCCAAGAAAAAGAGCUCUUUGGGACAUCAUGGAGCUUUUCUCAAACAGUCCAUCAAGGUUAUGAGUAAUGUAUUUGAGAACUUCCGUAAGGACGGCUGGGAGGAUGUGAGUGAAAGCAGUGACUCUGAAAUACCAACUCCUGAGAGUCUGGAAGCAGUGACUAUGAAGAUAGUGCAGGAUAUUGAUCUGUUACCAGACAGAAAUAAACAACAGGGAAAAAAGCAAAUACAAGAUGGCAAAAAGCCCUGCAACACUGCACAUUUAGAAGGCAAAAGCCAGCACUACAAGAAGAAGAGCCAUUUACAGAAAAAAGACCUAGAAAAGUUACAGUCCAAGAAGAGGAAGAUCCACUGUGUCAUAACAGCUUAUCCAUCAUUUCUAAGGAAAGUGAGCAGAAUGAAAAGCAGAAACAUCAUUUUCCAGAAACAAGGCUAUUCUGUUACUCUACUUCAGGAAACAAUUAAGUCGUUGCAGCAGCAGAUAGGUGUUUUACUGAAUGAAAAACAGACAGCAGUAUCUUCUGUGAAGGAAUUUAAAGAAACAAAUGAAAAACUAACAACUCAGCUACGUUUGGCUGGUCAGAGACUACAAAGUAGUAAAUUGACCAUACAGGUGUUGACCUCCAACCUGGCCAAAUGGCAACAGGAAAAGGAAGAUUUACAAGGAAAAUUGAAGUUGAGAGAACAUCUGUCUCAAACUGCUGGCAAGAGUGAAGUCACACCAGCUCCUUCAAAGAACACUGAUUUAGAGAUGAAACAGCUGCAGUGCAAACUAAAGAAUUCAAAUAGUGAAAUCACUAAGCAAUCAGCGACCAUUAAGACACUGAAAAACGAAGUCCAGGAAAAAGAAGACCGGAUUCGGGAACUCCAAGCUAAGAUUUCUCGGUUGGAGAGAGACCUUACUAUGAAAAGACAUUUGAUAGAAGACUUAAGAUCUCGUCUAAAAGCAAACCAAGAAAAUGAGAAAGCCUGUAAGGAAACUCUAGAAAGUCUUGAGAGAAAGGUAAAGUCACAGUCUGAAGACUGUUCAAACAAAAAAACUUCCAUUGACUCAUUGAAACAAAGACUUAAAGUAGCUAUAAAUGAGAAGUCUCAUUAUGAGCAGAUGUAUCACAAGGCUAAAGAUGAGCUAGAGAAAAAGGUUCUCAAGCUAUCCAAUCUAGAGAGCAAAGUGAUUGAGACCGAAUAUGCUAUGACUGAAAUAGAGGCUGCAGCAUCUCAACAACUACACGGAUUGGCUAAACAGAGUGAGCAGGCUUUGGAGGCUGUUCAAAAGAAGCUACUGCUCGCCAAUGACAAAAUAGACGAGUUCAUGACGUUUGUGAAGGCUCUCACCAGAGAGAUACACCAUAGCGUACAAGAGCUGAGAAUAAAAGUCAAACAGGCAAAAAAAAUGGAAGAAGCAAGGGCAUGUAAAAAAGGCCUUUCCCAAGAGUCUGUUCAGUUGGCAGCGUCUAUCCUUAAUGUUUCAACAGCGGAUCUUGAGGAGAUAUUAGAAGUAGAAGAUGAUGAGGAAACAGCAAAGGCAAAAAUGGAAUCUGAAAAAGACAAAGAAUGGCUGCUCUGUAUACAGAAACUUCUUGAAGCACAGUUUCCUUUUGCCUCAUAUUUACUGGAUGCCAUACUGGCAAAAUUAAAUGAGAAGAAGAAACUCGGAGAAGAGUACAGUUCUCUCAUGAAGCACAGUGUAACAUAGGAAUCUUCAAAAAGGGCGACUAGAGUGUGUGCUGUCUAACAAUGUUUUUCCUGUUCGCAUAAAGAACUGUCAAUAUGCAUGUUCAAUACAUAAGAAGAAGCUGUGAACUAAUUAAUCGUUGAACAAGAGGAAUUAAUUAUGUUCCUGUUUAUAAAGAAGUGUAGUGUUUCAUUCUUGAAGACAAAAAUUGCUGCACAUCAAUACAAAGUUAAACAUGAAUUUCCUUUAAAUGCUUUGGCAGUGCAUAGCAGCAUGAGCUUUGUAGAGAGAGGAUGUUUUUGAUACGACCAAUACAAAUCCGUACAACUCUGUAAAUACAGAUAACACCCAAGUAACUCCUGAUAGUACUGGUCAGAAUGGUAGAACUAGGAUUUACAAAGUAUAUGAGAAUGUAAUUGCCAUUUUGAAUACCUUAUUUUGGCCUUUUUAUAAACGCCAACUUUUCGAUAUAUGCCACAUAAAAUUGUAUGCACUCUCUCUGUCAGUAAAUGAAUGAUUGUAGAAGGAAAACUAUACAAUGCAGAGUAAUAAUCCUCAGAAAAGUUGUAUUUUCUUCUAAGUUGGGUGGCACUGUGUGCAAUGAAUUUAAUUAUAUUUUUGAAA